UCUCGUAAUUUAACUUUCUCACAAAUUUCUAGGAACAGGACGAUGGGACCCUUAAAGUUGGAGUUUAACCUUUUUAUAUUGGGACAGAAGAAUUGCUUUCUCACUCGAUCCCUUCGUUCUCUUCCACUUCCUCUGGAUUUUAUGGCUACAAAACUUAGUUAAAUUUGCAUUUCAGUUCUCUACAAACCCAUAAUCUGCAUCUCUUUCCACAAAUAAACCUUAAAAUUUUGAUAAUACCUUCAAAGAUCAGUCAUCUCUGCCAAAUGUCAUCGAAUUUUAUUUCUCAUUUCAAUUUUAUUUCGCUCAUUUUCCUACUAAUCUUCUGCAAAGGGUGUUUAGGGGCUACAUUUACAUUGACAAAUCGAUGUGAUUAUGCAGUAUGGCCAGGAAUACUGGCAAAUGCGGGUAGUGAUAAAUUGGAUAGUACCGGAUUCGAACUUCCGUCGGGUGGGACCCGAUCCUUCCAAGCUCCGCCGGGCUGGUCGGGGCGGUUCUGGGGCAGAACCCGUUGCUCAUUUGACCCCAAUACCGGUCAAGGAAGUUGCGCCACCGGUGAUUGCAGCUCCAACCAGGUGGAAUGCAAUGGCGCAGGUGCAACACCGCCGGCGACACUAGCCGAAUUCAUGAUCGGAUCGGGUACGAAUUCAGGCGCCCAGGAUUUCUACGAUGUUAGCCUUGUUGACGGGUACAAUUUGCCGAUGAUGGUUCAGGCGAAAGACGGGACGGGCCCGUGCGGUUCAACCGGUUGCACAACCGAUUUGAACCAGAUGUGCCCGAAUGACUUGCGGGUUGGGGACGGGCAAGCAUGCAAGAGUGCAUGUGAAGCGUUUGGGAAUCCAGAAUACUGUUGCAGUGGCGCGUAUGGUUCACCCACCGCCUGUCGGCCUUCGGUUUACUCGGAGAUUUUCAAAACCGCAUGUCCACGAUCAUAUAGCUAUGCAUACGAUGAUGCUACAAGCACAUUUACAUGUAGUGGAGCCGAUUAUACAAUUACAUUUUGUCCUUCACUAACAAGUCAAAAAUCUUCAAGAAAUUCUUCCUCGCCGGAAACUGCUAUCGGAACAACCAAUGAACCACCGGCACUGAUAGUUGAGGGUUCGGGUUCUGACUCACAAGACAACAGCCUCCCUUCAUCAUGGCUGCCAAAUUUUGUCACCGGAGAUUCUUCAAGAACCAUAUUAAAUGUUGACUUGCAUUUUACUCUUUCUGUAACCUUUUUCAUACUCUCUUUUCUUUGCAUAUAAUUCACAAGAGAUCUGCUGUAUGGCCCAUGUGGCCUUGGCCAAGCUGCUUUAUUCAACUCACAAUACUUUACAUUUGGCCAAUGCAUCACAGAUUGUAAAGCACAAUUUUCUCGGACAUUUGUAUAGAAAUCUACGUUAUUUUAUUAAUUAA